CAUUACCCUGCAAGCCACCUUGUGCUUAAAAGAGAGGGGAGGGGGCGGAGGAGUGUCUGCUCCCUAAAUGACAAGGACACUCCUGGGUUUAGACUUCCGACUGCGCAGAGAUGAGUGAAAACAGAAAUGAAGGCUCCAGCCCAGCUGCCAAGGCCAAUAGUGAUACCCAGACUCUGAGUCACUGGAAAGACACCCACCCCAAACUCGGGGAUCAGCUGAAGAAGAAGUCCUCCAAAAAGAAGGUCUUCAAAAUAGUGCAGGAGAAGAUGUUGAAGUUGCAGCAUGCCAUCAGGGACCAGUUUUUGCAGCAGAUAAGCCAACAGAUGCAGUACCCCCCACCAGGAGAUCAGCAGUGCACACAAACCUCCGGGAAGAGGGAAAAGAAGAUGGGCUACUUACUGUCUCAGAUCGUCAACCUCAUAUGGUCCAACACUGUAAAGAAACUGAAGUUCAAAGUGCCUCUUCCUUGCUUGGUCUCUAGAUGUGGCAUCAAAGCUGGGCACCAGGCCCUGUUACCUUGGCAGACUGGCCAACCCAGGCCUAGUCUGGGUGGUUUUGAGGCUGCCCUUGCCAGCUGCACCCUAUCCAAGCGUGGGACUGGCAUCUAUGAGUCUUACCACUUAAGCUUCCAGAGCUAUGAGGCCUAUCAGGCAGACAAAUACCACAAGGAUGAGAACCCUUCGGGCCUCAUCAACCUUAGUACCAGCGAGAACAAGCUUUGCCUUGACCUGAUAACAGCAAGGUUGACUCAGAGUGACAUGAACGUCCUUGAUGAGGCCCAGCUGCAGUACUCUGACUGGAAAGGACAACGCUUCCUUCGGGAAGAGCUGGCUAGCUUCUUGACCCACUACUGCAAGGCUCCUACACCCCUUGACCCAGAAAAUGUGGUGGUUCUAAACGGCUGCUCCUCAGUCUUCUCUUCACUGGCCAUGGUUCUGUGUGACCCAGGUGAUGCCCUUCUGAUCCCCACACCGUGCUACAAUGGCUUUGUCUUCAGCUCCUACCUCUAUUCGAAAGUCGAGCUUAUUCCUGUCCACUUGGAGAGCCAGGUCACCAGAUCCAACUUGGAUUCUUUCCAACUCACUGUGGAUAAGCUCAAGCUUGCCCUGACUCAGGCAAAGAAGAAGGCAAAAAAGGUCAAAGGCCUUGUGCUCAUCAACCCCCAGAAUCCUCUGGGUGAUGUCUACAGUCAAUUGUCACUGCAAGAAUACCUGGUCUUUGCUAAGAAGCACAACCUGCACGUGAUCAUGGACGAGAUUUACAUGCUGUCCGUGUUUGAGCCAUCUGUCACAUUUCACAGCGUUCUGAGCAUAAAAGACUUGCCUGACCCUAACAUGACCCAUAUGAUCUGGGGCACUAGUAAGGAUUUCGGCAUGUCUGGCUUCCGCUUUGGUGUUCUCUAUACACACAGCAAGGAGGUAGCCUCUGCUGUGAAGGCUUUUGGCUACCACCAUGGGGUCUCCGGCGUUACUCAGUACAAGCUGUGCCGACUGCUCCAGGACAAAGAGUGGAUCAAUAAGGUGUACCUUCCUAAAAACCAUAGCCGGCUCCGGAAGGCUUACAACUAUGUCACUAAGAUACUGAAGGACUUGAAGAUCCCCUUUUGCAAUGGUGGCGCUGGCCUCUUUGUCUGGAUCAACUUGAAAGCUUAUCUGAGUCCAUGCACGUUUGACCAAGAGCAGAUCCUUCACCAGCGCUUCCAGGACAAGAAGCUGUUGUUAUCUAGUGGCAAAUCCUACCUGUGUAUAGAGCCUGGCUGGUUCCGCCUCGUCUUUGCAGAAACCAACCUUCACCUACAAGUGGUUCCCCCCACUCCCCAUGGCUAUGACAACUACCUGAAAAAGCGGUUUGAGAGCAGAAAGAGCAGUCAUGGUGGCCCAUAG